AUGCAAGUAUGGACAUAAUAGCCUAUGAUGAUUACUCCAGUCCACCGCUUCAGAGAUAUUGAAAGGACACCUGAAUACCUCCAGCCGGAAAAGUGUGUUCCACCUCCUAGCCGCGCUUCCCUGGGAACAAUGUGGUUUAUUCGAGAUGGCUGUGGUAUUGCAUGUGCUGUCGUUACCUGGAUGCUGGUGUUCUAUGCCGACUUUGUAGUCCUUCUUGUCAUGCUAGUUCCAUCGAGAGAUUAUGUUUAUAGUGUCAUCAAUGGCACACUGUUCAACACCUUGGCUUUCCUCGCUUUGGCUUCACAUUUUCGUGCUAUGCUGACAGAUCCAGGUGCUGUACCCAAAGGUAAUGCCACAAAGGAGUUCAUCGAGAGUUUACAGCUAAAGCCAGGGCAGGUGGUUUACAAGUGCCCAAAGUGUUGUAGCAUCAAACCUGACAGAGCACAUCACUGCAGUGUUUGCAAGAGGUGUAUUCGGAAAAUGGAUCAUCACUGCCCGUGGGUCAAUAACUGUGUAGGAGAGAAUAACCAGAAGUACUUUGUACUGUUUACAAUGUAUAUAGCACUGAUUUCCCUGCAUGCUCUAAUCAUGGUGGGAUUUCACUUCUUGUAUUGCUUUGAGGAAGACUGGACAAAGUGCAGUUCCUUCUCUCCACCAACAACAGUGAUUCUUCUCAUCCUCUUGUGUUUUGAGGCUCUCCUAUUUCUCAUCUUCACUUCAGUUAUGUUUGGGACCCAAGUACACUCCAUCUGCACUGAUGAAACGGGAAUAGAACAGUUGAAAAAGGAAGAGAGAAGAUGGGCUAAAAAAACAAAAUGGAUGAACAUGAAAGCAGUAUUUGGCCAUCCGUUCUCUAUAGCAUGGCUUAGCCCAUUCGCAACACCAGACCAAGGAAAAGCAGACCCGUACCAGUAUGUGGUCUGAGGAAUUCUUGACCAGCAUUUCCACUAAAAUAGAAACAUAUUACAGCACUACUGUUACAAAUUUUCCAUGAAUGUUUAAAACAAAAAGCAAAACAAACUUUUUUUUAUGUCUAUUAAAUGGCUGAUAAUUGCAGAGAAAAAAAAAAAGCCCUGUAUUCCACCAUUUUAGAUAAUUCUAUAUCUCUGGCUGAAACUGCUGCUGCUUUUCUUUUCUUUUUUUUCUUCUUUUCCUUUUUUCUUCUUUUUUUUUUUUUUGGUCACAUUAACUUUACUGGCAUUUGUUUCUCUCUGCUUUCUGUAUGGCAUAACUAAUGUGAAGGGGAUCCUCUCUGUUAUGAGCCACCUCUUCUGAGUAGAUUCUCAUGCUGUCUCCUGACUGUGAUGAGCUCUGUGGAUGACAUGUGAGUGCCAACAGCCCUACAGAGACACCUUUGGACUUCCUGAAGGAGCACAUUGCUCUUUCCUAAGUGAACUUGAACGGGGAAGCAGAUACUUCACGUACCAAAAGGUGCAAGACAAGAAGGCAGCGCAGCAACAGAGCCAGUUGACCUGGUGAUCACAUACAGUUAAACUACUUAAACGUUGCCAACACCAAUUCCCACCCCACCCUCCUUUU